AUAAUAUCUAACGAAAACAUAUUGAUCGAUAAGACAUGGGAUCUAUUCCAACCUUGUACAUGGUGGUUAUGACUGUCAUCAUCGGAACAGAUCUUCUAAUUACUACAGUCUCAUCCAAUUCAAGACCUCUCAUCGAACCAUUGUCAGCACAAGAAUUCACCAAACCGGUGGUCGAUCUUCUACCACCAGAAAUAUUUUCACAACGAGAUCCGCUCGCCUAUUUCCUCCCCAAAAUCAUCAAAUUACCAGAUAUUCAAAAAAUUACUCAAGACGUGGAAUAUUUCUUAUCCAAAGAACGUUUUCCUGGACGAUACGCCGAUUACGCGGAAUUUCUUCUGUUACUGUUAGAACAUCAGAUGAAAAUAGAACCGGUAACCAAAUCAAUCCGUCAGAUUCAAGAUUCUGCAGAAUUUGUUAAUCUACCUCCAGCAAAAUUACCAGAUGAGUCAGCGCCUGAAUUAGUUUCUUUGUUUUCUCCUGGUGUUUUUUCAGACCCCGAACCACCAUUAGCUUUAAUAAACGAAUUGCUGAAAAUACAGCCGUGGCAAAUGUUCCGAGUGAGAAACCAAUUGGAGGCAAUCUUAAGGAAAAGUGGACACCUUCAGCUGAUCUACAUCGAGUAUACGCGAAAUUUAUAUACUAAAUAUUUAACAGAUAUCAAUAACCGUCUAAGUAGUUUGAAACCACGAAGUUUCGCCUUGGUGGCACAUUUUCACCAUCAGUUUCAUAUGCCUACUACAAAAUCAAACUAUAUGGACCAUGUAAAUUAUAGCGAAAUGGACUCGUCGUCCGUCCUCGGAAUGGAAUAGGUAAUUGAUUUCUGAGCGAUGGAUUCCGCGACCAAGAAAGCGAUAUGAUUCAAGUUCAAGCAUUAUUUCAUUCGAACCUCACUGGGAUCCUUGAUCAUAUGGUUUCAUUAAAGCCCUUCUCAAUAUAGCUCUAAUAAUUUCUAUGCUUUUAUAUGUACCUACUUAGGUACUUACCUAAGUACGUACAAUAUUUAGUUGUAUUUUAUCACCCUGAAUAAUAAAGUUUUUUCUAUAAAAACAUGA